AUGAGGACUUUCUCCGUGCUGCUGAUUUGGGCGUGUUUGGCCCUGGAAGCGGAUAGCAUGGCUUUUUUCAGAGGGCUAGCGAAAAAAGAGAGUGAAGGACAGAGAAGGAGUGAUGGAGGGGGUCUGAGACGUUCCAAACGAGGAUGGAUGUGGAAGCAGUUCUUUCUUCAGGAGGAAUACACCGGAACCGACUACCAGUAUAUCGGGAAGCUUCAUUCAGACAUGGACCGUGAAGACGGAAGCGUUAAGUAUGUUCUGACAGGGGAAGGUGCAGGAACCAUUUUCGUUAUAAAUGAGAACUCAGGAGACCUGCAUGCCACUAGGAGUCUGGACCGAGAAGAGAAAGCUUUUUACACCCUGCGAGCUCAGGCCCUAAACAGAAGCACCGGACUGCCGCUCGAGCGUGAUACUGAAUUUAUUGUCAAGUUGCACGAUAUAAACGACAACGAGCCGAAGUUUGAAAAGGAUGUUUACACGGCCUCCGUCCCGGAGAGGUCCAACAUCGGCACCUCGGUCACACAGGUGACUGCCCAGGAUGCGGAUGAUGAAAUGUUUGGUAACAGUGCCAAGCUGGUUUACAGCAUCAGUCAGGGUCACCCGUAUUUUUCAGUGGAACCUCACACAGGUAUCAUUCGGACGGCCCUUGGCCCGGCGGACAUGGACAGGGAGCAGCGAGAUAAGUACCAGGUGGUCAUCGAGGCCAAAGACAUGGCGGGUCAGAGAGGAGGAUUAACAGGGUCCACCACGGUCAACAUCGUCUUGACGGACGUGAACGACAAUCCCCCACGAUUCGCCGAAAGUAUCUAUCAGUUCAGCGUCCCCGAGCUGACAAACACAGGGAGCGUGGUGGGCAGAAUCAAAGCUGUGGAUGCAGACAUUGGCCGUAAUGCAGAGAUGGACUAUACAGUUGUUGGGGGAGAUGGCUUGGAAGUGUUUGAUAUCACAACAAACAGAAGUACACAGGAGGGAGUCCUCACAGUCAGAAAACCUUUGGACUACGAGAGGAAGAAGUUUUACACCCUGCAGAUCCAGGUCCAGAACACGCACCCGGAUCUGCGGUUCAUGUUUCCGAACCCCAAAGACGUUGCCACGGUGAGGGUGAGCGUGGAGGACGUGGACGAGCCGCCGCAGUUUGGACGUUUCAGCUACGUCAUGGAGGUCAAAGAGGACGCGGCCAUGGGCACCACCAUCGGCUCCGUCAGCGCGGUGGACCCAGACGUCAAACGCAAACCGGUCAAGUACAUCAUUGACCGGCACACCGACGUGGACCACGUGUUUAACAUCCACGAAGGGAAAGGCUCCAUAUACCUCCAGAGGCCUCUAGACCGUGAAGAGACCGCCUGGCACAACAUAUCUGUCAUCGCCUCAGAGUUAGACAACCCACAGCAGAGUAGUCGGGCGUCUGUGUACAUCAGGGUGACAGAUAUCAACGAUAACGCGCCGGUGCUGGCUUCCUUCUACGAGAUGUUCGUCUGCGAAAACACAAAAGAGGAUCAGAAAAUACAGACCAUAACGGCUGUCGAUGCGGACGAGCCCAUCAGCGGACACAGGUUCAAAUUCGGCCUGGCCGCAGAGAGUACCGUGAAUGCCAAUUUCACCGUGAGAGACAAUGGAGACAACACGGCCGGAAUCUACACUCGGCGCGCCGGCUUCGGCCGCCUGCAGAAGAGCACUCACUUGGUCGCCGUGGUGAUCACCGACGGAGAGCUCCCCUUCCAGAGCAGCACGGGCACGCUCACGGUGCGGGUGUGCACGUGCGAUCGUCACGGCAACAUGGAGAUGUGUAACGUGGAGGCUUUGAGCAGUGCGGCUGGGCUCAGCACCGGAGCUCUGAUAGCCAUUCUCCUCUGCGUCAUCAUUCUGCUCCUGAUCGUGGUACUUUUUGCUGCCCUGAAGCGUCAGAAAAAGAAGGAGCCUCUGAUUGUUUCCAAGGAAGACGUCAGAGAUAAUGUGGUUAGCUAUAAUGAUGAGGGAGGUGGCGAGGAGGACACCCAAGCCUUCGACAUCGGAGCUCUGCGCCACCCCGAGGUCAUCGAGGAGAGCAAGCAGCGCCGUGACAUCAUCCCCUCCGAGUCGCUCUACCCUCCCCCGCCCCUGCGCCGAACGGCCGUCCCGACCCGGGACAACGCCGACGUGAGGGAUUUCAUCGACCAGCGCGUGCUGGACAACGACAGCAACCCGACCGCGCCGCCCUACGACUCCCUGGCCACCUACGCCUACGAGGGCAACGGCUCCGUGGCCGAAUCGCUCAGCUCGCUGGGUUCGGCCUCCUCCGACGGGGAGCAAGACUAUAACUAUCUCAGCGAAUGGGGUCCUCGUUUCAGAAAACUGGCAGAUAUGUACGGAGGCGAAGACAGCGAUUGGGAUUGCUAA